AAAAUAAUCAUCUCGAUAAUAAGAAGAGGAGUGUGCAGUCAGUGUGGUGCUAGAGCUACAGAGGAAAAUCAUAAGGAAACUGUAGGAAAAAAGUAUAUAAUCACAUCACAACGUCGCGGUGUGUGUACGCGAAAUUUUGGUAUUAUUUCGUGUGACUGCGGUCCAUCUCGUCGGGCAUAAGCAAAAGUGGAGAAUUUUCAUCUUUUCGCGUAAUCAUAGCUUAUUUUGUGCAAAAUCGGCGACGAAGAAAAACUGCGCUGGUGGCAAACGACCGUCACGAUCGGGUUUGCAUUUUCCGCUUCAUUUUCCUCCAAUUGUUCUGGUGAUGUAAAAAUAGUGUGGAAUAGAAUAACAGUGGGGGAAAACUACAAGUUGCAGCGGAGGAAUUUUCCUCCCCAUCGGGUAGGUAAAUACGGUUGAAAAUGGUGGAAAAUUGCGUUCGUUCGUCGGUCCUCCGGGGGUGCUCGAAACGUGUGCAAAUCCGUGAAUAAUUUGCGUGGUGAAAAUUCGAUUUCGUCAUCCAUCAGCAUCAGCAAGCGAUAUCGAUAGAAUAAAAACUGGUGGGGACAGAGGUUCUCACGCCGUAUUCAGUGACGUAAAUAAAAAAAGAUCCGGAAGGAAGUGCCAGUGUAGGAAGAAGUAGGAAUAUUGUGCUGUUGGGGGGAGCCAGCUGAAAAAAAGAGCAUCGGUCUCUCUGCGUGUGUGGAUGCCUUUAUUUGGUUAUUGUUUGGCUUGUGAAGUACCUUACGCUGUUUUCGGUACCUACCCAGAUCCCAGGAAGGAGGAAAACAAAUAAUAAAAUAGUAAGUGCGCUGCCGCUACUGCUGAACGAAGCAAGAAUAUAGCAAAACCAGAAGUCGCUGGCUGAAAAAGGAAGAAGCUUCAAGGGAACUACGACGACGACGGAACCACGACGUCAACAGCAUCAGAGCGGUCAUCAACCAUCAGAACAGAAGUAAAAAUACCCACAUCUCGUCGGGCAAACGUGAGCAACGUUCUAUUAAGACGACUGCAAAAUUGCAAGAAAACAGAAUGAUUUAGCGAAAAAGUGAUCUGCAAGGAACGAAAACAAACCCAAAAAUUCAAAAUAGCGCCGGACAGUAACAUCAGUGUGGACGAAGACUUGGAACGAACGGCGGCGUCGACUUGCGCUGUUGAUCGAAUCGUGGCAGGUGCAUCGCCAAACACACUUACCCAAAAGAAGAAAAAGAAGAAGACGGCCAGCAACGGUUCGGCACAGAUUCGCCCGUGCUGUGAAGCGCCAAACGUCGUCAUCGUCGACAAACCUGCUGCUACUUCUUCAGACAACCGUUGCUGUUCCGGUGCCGGUGGGUGCACCAAGUGUUGCUGCUGCUGUUGUUGUGGUGGAUGUUGUGACGGCAACAAACGGCAACGUCAACAACAACAACUGCAACGACGAAGCAGUGAUCCUCCUGGCUGCCGGCAGAAGCAACGGUCAUCGUCAUCGUCGUCGGUGGUGGUCGGCGGUUGUGGUGGAGGGCAACAGCGAAGGACGCGCAGUGGCAACGGUACCGGCACUGGUACUAUGGAGACAACCCAUCUGGUGACGGAGUUUAUCACCCACACCGGCGCCAACACGCAGGACGCCGAAAGCUGCCUGAAAUCGUGGGAGUGGGAUCUGAAGAAGGCGCUCAUCGACUACAAUGACACAUCAACGACCGAGUAUUUCAACAGCCAGAAAAUUGGCAAUGAGAUAUUAAUGAAAGCCCAAUCCAGUACAUCAUCACCUCUACCCCGAAUCCUGUCAUCGGCACCGACGGCUGCGUCACCACGGGUGCUGCUGCAGCAAUCCCCAUCAUCCGCUAGUUGUCCAUCAUAUAGCAAUCAACUGCAUCAUCACCGUAGCAGUAGUGGCGGUGGCGUUGGCGUUGGCAGUCAUCACCAUCCGGUGGCGGGGCCCAGAUCCAGUACCAGCAGCAGCAACGGUGGCGAUUUCGGACAACAUCAGCAUCUCUCGGCUUCCAAAAACGGGCACAGCCACGCUAGCAGUACCAAUGGGACAUCGGCGCUGCUGAAACCAAUGCUCGCCAAAACCGACUCGAUAGAUAUUUUUGACUGCAAAAAGCUCGAACGGGGCAUUUCGCGUGCAACGGAAAAUGUGAACCUGGUGUCCCGGGCCCGGCAAGAGUUCGAGAUGGACUUCCACACCCAGUGCCACGAGCAGAACGAGAAGAACCUCAACUUUAUCGAUACGCCGGACUACACCUUCACGCUGCCGGAUCUGACCAAAUACUCGGAGGAGUUUCGGAAAUUUUUGGAGAAGGACCUGAUCGAUACAUCGACGCUCAACUCGCUGGAAGCAACCAACCGGCUGAACUGGUGGUACGACUCCGGUGUGUGUCGAAAGCUAUGGCCGCUGACUACCGCAGGUGACGGCAACUGCCUGCUGCAUGCGGCUUCCCUCGGCAUGUGGGGUUUCCACGAUCGUCGGCUAACGCUGCGCCGGACGUUACACGACAUUCUCUCGAAGGAGGAAUUCCGGGACGCUCUCUACCGGCGGUGGCGCUUCCAGCAGACCCGUGUCAACAAGCAGGCCGGUUUCGUGUUCUGUGAAACCGAGUGGGCCAAGGAGUGGGAGGAGAUUGUUGCGAUUGCUUCGCCGGAACCACGGCGAAACUCGAAGAGUGUUUCUCGAAGGCGAUCACUGCUGAUGGAGAAGAGCUUCGACGGGGGAUCGUCGACGGGCGCUGACGAUGAGAUUGCUACCUAUGAGAGCUUGGAGGAGAUCCAUGUGCUGGCGUUGGCACAUAUUUUGAGACGGACGAUCAUCGUCGUGUCGGAUGUGUUCCUGCGGGAUAUGAACGGGGAAGCGUUCAGUCCGAUUCCGUUCGGUGGAGUUUAUUUGCCGUUUGAAGUGCCGUCGAAUGAGUGCCAUAGAGCGCCGCUACUGUUGGCCUACGAUAUGGCACACUUUUCAGCGCUGGUAGCGAUGGAGACGGCGGGAGAUUUUCCGCCGGCAUUGAUUCCUCUGGUGGAUGCCAGUAAUCAGCUGUUGCCGAUUCAAUUUUGCAUCGAUCCGGGAGUAGAUUUCGACUGGAGGGAGUACGAUGGAAGUGACGGGAAUUGGGUGCUGACGGAUCGAGAGCACGUUGCACUGCUGAAGGAGUAUCUGGAUAUUGUGUACGCACCGGCGGCAGACAGUCCAGAUGAUGAGAUAUAUGACGACUACUCGGACGAGGAGUACGAAAAAAAGAUUGCCGAUGGGGAAAUUGUGUUUUCGGACGAGAACCAUAAUAACGGAACGAACAAUCCCAAUCUGGCAGCGAUGACGGCGUCGAAUCAGUCACUACCGCCAUUUCCGCCGAGUUCGAGUGGGACAUCCAGUGGAAAAAGUAAGGCAGCAAAACAGCUGCAAAGCGUAGCGAAGCAGUUUGGAAGCAUCGGAAAAAGUAUGAGCAAGAAGCUGAAGAAGAAUAUCGGGUCCAUCACGAGGAUCGGUAGCAAAAGUGGGCAGCACAAGAAGUCAAGCAUUUCGUCGGAUAAGUCUGCCCGGGGGGAUUGUCCCAAGUUUCGAAUUCUGUGCGCCACGCUGAAAGCCAGACGACACGAGUAUCAGGAGGAGAUGAUCAAAAACUAUCUGGAAUGUGCUCAGGAGCGGUUUCUGGAAAUUGAGAGAGUACGGGAGCGGAAAGAGCUGGACAAGUUCAGUAAAUUCGUGGACGCAGGUCAAGACACGUGUGAUUACGGCAGUACGGACAACGGAACGGACUUGAUGAAUUGCAUCAAUGCCGGUUGUCUGAACUAUGGAACCGUUGCCACCAGUUACAUGUGCUUGGAGUGCUACGAAACCCAGCGGAAGCGCGAAUCUCAAUCCUGCAACCCGAACGACUUUAUGCCACGUUAUGGAACGGGUAAGUCUAAGUUCUACACCCAAGCUGACAUGGAAAGUCACGACCGCAUCCAGCGGUUACCCUCCGUACGGCGACUGAAUGAGCUCGAUCAAACCCUGUACCUAUCCCGGUCGACGUUCUACAAUGACAAACGAGUAAUCGGCAGCAGUGCUGCGAUACCUUCUUCCAACUAUCGACACGGAUUCAGCCCCACGGAACGCUCGACGACGGUACCUAGCAAAGCCGCCACCUCCAACAGCAGCAGUCACUCGCCCGACUAUUCCAACUGUGCCAAACAGGCGUCGGCCGUGUCGGGUGGAAUCGUCGCGACGGUUUACUCGCCCGGCAGUACGAUCCUAAACCGAACGUCGUCGUCGGGAAUGUGCGUGUCGCUUCCGCCGCCGGUGGCCAGUCCGGUUCCGCAGCACCCGUCAUCUUCGACGCCGUCAUCGUCCGGGAUGUCAUCGUCGUCGUCGUCUGGUUCCAAUGCGUCGGAUUCAGCGCUCCGACAGCAGCAGCAGCAGCAAUCUUCCGGAGUGAUAACCAGUAGUCAUUAUGGGAAAAAUCAAAUGUGCCGAACCGAGGGGUGCAAGUUCUACGGUAGCAUCAAUACCAAUUUCUACUGUUCCAAGUGCUGCCAGGAGUACAACAUCUAAGGGGGGACGACGGACACGACGACGAGCUCGGUGAACCGUGUGUAAAUAUAGUCUGUGAAAACACAUGAGGUAAGAGAGUUGUUAUUCUUCUAUACAUUUAUACACGAAAUGCAAACAAACAAACAAACAAACAGAAAGUCACGCAUAUUGCUGAAAUUAUAUUAUCAUACCAUACCGCAUAUAUGCAAAAAGGACGAAUAUUUUCGUUUUCAAAUCACUAUCGAUUAACACUGCUGAUGAUUUCACUGUUGAGCUCUACUGUAGACCGAAAUGGAGAUAGAGGAAUGUUAAUAGUAGUAGGAAGUUGUUGAGGUCUGAUGUUUGGCAUGGUUCACAUUUCACAUAUUUCAUUUUCCGGAUAAUUUUCUCCAGCAGAAGAACAAUAAAAACACAACACAUAUAGACGACGUGUGAAUCAUGCCCGAUCGAUCAGCUGCUGUUCAGUAGGAUGAGGAAAGAUUUAAAAACUGGUUGACUAUAUUGUGUGAUACUAUGGUAUAUCCCUGUGAGACGAUAGAGGCUGAAUCGUUACGCGUGUUAAGCAGCGAAUGUUAGUAAAUGCUGACUGUUUAAAGGCAGUUUAGAAUGUUUCUGUUGAAUUUCACAAUGUUACAGCUUUAUUUAUCUGGAUACGAGUGGCAACGUGGAGCACAGAUCGAUUGAACGGGGUUUAUUAGUGUUUUCUUCUUCCAUUUUUGUGUUUUAUUUUUUAGGGCCAUGCAUUAAUUAUGUCAAGCCAAAUUGAGGAAAAAUUUACCCAAUCUCCUCCCUUUUGUCGCGUUUUUCCUAUACCUAAUGCAUUGCUUUUCACAAAAUCUAACAGGCCUCUUUGGAGCGUAACAUAAGGUAUGCAUCACUGCUUUAUGUUUUAGUUAAAUUUUUCAUGAUAUAAAAUUUAUUAAAGAUGUGAAGUGAAUUUGUUGGACUCCAUUAUAUCCACAGACAUAAUUGUUUAGCUUCUACUUGUCGAGACCAUUCCGAAAACUGCCACUGCAAACCAGAAGUCGCCAUUUUGGAAUCACGACUACCAUCUUGGAUGUCUAAUUAGCACCGGACAUCGAAUUUUGGUUUCUAUUCAUCGAGACCGUUCCGUAAAUACCCAUACUGUAGGGUUUUGGAAGCAUUUCCGUCCCGUAGAUACCCAUUUGUAGGAUUUGCGAGGUAUUUUCUAACAUCGGAAGUCGCCAUCAUGGAUUCAUGUUUACCAUUUCAGAUUCCAGAAUAGCAUCAGACAAUGAAUGUUGGUUUCUACUCUUUCGCAAACAAGAAGUCGCUAUUUAGGAUUUACGUCCACCAUUUUGGAUUCCAAAAUUGUACCGGACAUCGAAUUUCGGCUUCUACUCGUUGAGCCUCUUCGGCAGAUACCCAUAUUUUAGGGUUUCCGAGGCUUUUUAGCUCCUACUCGUUAAGACCGGUAUUUUCGCAAAGCAGAAGUCGCCAUUUUGGAUUCCCGUCUGCGAUCUUGCAUGCCGAAAUAGCAACGGACAUCGAAUUUUGGUUUCUAUUCGUUCACUAUUUUGGAUUCCAAAAUUGCACCAGAUUUUGGUUUCUACUCAUUGAGCCGGUAGAUAACCAUAUUGUAAGGGUCUCGAGGCAUUUUCGCAAACCGAAGUUACCAUCUUGGAUUCAGGUUUGCCAUUUUGGAUGCCAACGUUGCACCGGACAUCGAUUUUUAGGUUCCACUCGUUGAGACCGUUCCGCAAACUCCCACAGGUGCAUUUUCGUAAACCAGAAGUCCCCAUUUUGGAUUCACGUUUGCUUUCUUGAAUAUCUAAGUAUCACAGGACAUCUAAUUUUGGUUUCAUCUUUUCACGCAUCGGAAGUCGCCAUCAUUGAUUAAAAAAUUGCACCAGACAAUCAAUGUUAGUUUCUACUCUUUCGCAAACAAGGUGUCACCAUUUUGGAUUCGCGUCUGCCAUCUUGGAUUCCCAAUUAGCACAGGACAUCGAAUUUUGGUUUCUAUUCGUCGAGACCGUUCCGUAGAUUGUAGGUCCACCAUUUUGUUUGCCAAAAUGGCGCCGGACAUCGAAUAUUGGUUUCUACUCGUUGAGCCCGUUUAUUGUUUAUUGUUCCUAUACACCAACAGGCUGGUUGUAGCCCCAUAGCUACCCAUAUUGUAAGGUUCUCGAGGCAUUUUCGUAAACCGGAAGUUGCCAUCUUGGAGAUUCAGGUCCGCCAUUUUGGAUGCCAAAAUUGCAUCGGACAUCGAUAUUUAGCUUCUACUCGUCGAGACCGUGCCGCAAACUCCCACUGGGGAAUUUUCGCAAAUUUGGAUUCUGCCAUAUUGAAUGCCUAAUUAGCACCGGACAUCAAAUUUUGGUUUCUAUUCAUCGAGACCGUUCCGUAGCUACCCAUAUUGUAGGGUUUGCGAAGCAUUCCCAUUCCGUAGAUACCCAUUUGUAGGAUUUGCGAGGUAUUUUUACGCAUCGGAAGUCGCCAUCAUGGAUUAUCGGUCACCAUUUUGGAUUCUAAAAUUGCACCGAACAUCGAUUAUCAGUUUCUACUCAUUUGAAGGAUUUUCGAAGCAUUUGGAUUCAGGUUUGCCAUUUUGGAUACCGUUCCGUAGAUACCCAUUUGGUGCAAUUUCGAGGCAUUUUUGCCAUCUUGGAUUCAGUUUUGCCAUUUUAGAUGCCAAAAUUUCACCGGACAUGGAUUUUUGGCUUCUACUCGUUGAGCCCAUUCCGUAGAUAUUCAUCAUAUUGUAGGGUUUCCGAGACAUUUUCGCAAACCAGAAGUCGCCAUCUUGGAUUCAGGUUCGCCAUAUUUGAUACCAAAAGUGAACAGGAUGUUGAUUUUAGGCUUCUACUCGUCGAGCCCAUUUUGUAGAUAUCCAUAUUGUAGGGUUUUCGAGGCAUUUUCGUUAACCAGAAGUCGCCAUCUUGGAUUCAUGUUCGCCAUAUUGGAUACCAAAAGUGAACCGCAGGUAGAUUUUUGGGUUCUACUCGUCGAGCCUAUUUCGUAGAUAUCCAUAUAGUAGGGUUUCCGAGACAUUUUCGCUAACCAGAAGUCGCCAUCUUGGAUUCAGGUUCGCCAUAUUGGAUGCUAAAAGUGAACCGGAUGUAGAUUUUUGGGUUCUACUCGUCGAGCCUAUUUCGUAGAUAUCCAUAUUGUAGGGUUUCCGAGACAUUUUCGUUAACCAGAAGUCGCCAUCUUGGAUUCAGGUUUGCCAUAUUGGAUACCAAAAGUGAACCGGAUGUAGAUUUUUGGCUUCCUCUCGUCGAGCCCAUUCCGUAGAUUUCCAUGUUGUAGGGUUUAGUGACAUUUUCGUUAACCAGAAGUCGCCAUCUUGGAUCCAGGUUCACCAUAUUGGAUACAAAAAGUGAACCGGAUGUAGAUUUUUGGCUUCUUCUCGUCGAGCCCAUUCUUUAGAUAUCUAUAUUGUAGGGUUUUCGAGGCAUUUUCGCUAACCAGAAGUCGUCAUCUUGGUUUCAGGUUCACCAUUUUGGAUGCCAAAAGUUAACCGUAUGUAGUUUUUUGGCUUCUACUCGUCGAUUCCAUUCCGUAGAUAUCCAUAUUGUAGGGUUUCCGAGACGUUUUUGCUAACCAGAAGUCGCCAUCUUGGAUUCAGGUUCGCCAUAUUGGAUACCAAAAGUGAACCGAAUGUAGAUUUUUGGCUUCUACUCGUCGAGCCCAUUCCGUAGAUAUCCAUAUUGUAGGGUUUUCGAGACAUUUUCGCUAACCAGAAGUCGCCAUCUUGGAUUCAGGUUCGCCAUAUUGGAUACCAAAAGUGAACCGGAUGUAGAUUUUUGGCUUCUACUCGUCGAGCCUAUUUCGUAGAUAUCCAUAUUGUAGGGUUUUCGAGACAUUUUCGCUAACCAGAAGUCGCCAUCUUGGAUUCAGGUUCGCCAUAUUGGAUACCAAAAGUGAACUGGAUAUAGAUUUUUGGGUUCUACUCGUCGAGUCCAUUUCGUAGAUAUCCAUAUUGUAGGGUUUCCGAGACAUUUUCGUUAACCAGAAGUCGCCAUCUUGGAUUCAGGUUCGCCAUAUUGGAUGCCAAAAGUGAACCGGAUGUAAAUUUUUGGAUUCUACUCGUCGAGCCUAUUUCGUAGAUAUCCAUAUUGUAGGGUUUCCGAGACAUUUUCGUUAACCAGAAGUCGCCAUCUUGGAUUCAGGUUCGCCAUAUUGGAUACCAAAAGUGAACCGGAUGUAGAUUUUUGGCUUCUACUCGUCGAGCCUAUUUCGUAGAUAUCCAUAUUGUAGGGUUUUCGAGACAUUUUCGCUAACCAGAAGUCGCCAUCUUGGAUUCAGGUUCGCCAUAUUGGAUGCCAAAAGUGAACCGGAUGUAAAUUUUUGGAUUCUACUCGUCGAGCCUAUUUCGUAGAUAUCCAUAUUGUAGGGUUUCCGAGACAUUUUCGUUAACCAGAAGUCGCUAUCUUGGAUCCAGGUUCACCAUAUUGGAUGCCAAAAGUGAACCGCAUGUAGUUUUUUGGCUUCUACUCGUCGAUUCCAUUCCGUAGAUAUCCAUAUUGUAGGGUUUUCGAGACAUUUUCGCUAACAGGAAGUCGCCAUCUUGGAUUCAGGUUCGCCAUAUUGGAUACCAAAAGUGAACCGGAUGUAGAUUUUAGGCUUCUACUCGUCGAGCCCAUUCCGUAGAUAUCCAUAUUGUAGGGUUUUCGAGACAUUUUCGCUAACUAGAAGUCGCCAUCUUGGAUUCAGGUUCGCCAUAUUGGAUACCAAAAGUGAACUGGAUAUAGAUUUUUGGGUUCUACUCGUCGAGUCCAUUUCGUAGAUAUCCAUAUUGUAGGGUUUCCGAGACAUUUUCGUUAACCAGAAGUCGCCAUCUUGGAUUCAGGUUCGCCAUAUUGGAUGCCAAAAGUGAACCGGAUGUAGAUUUUUGGCUUCUACACGUCGAGCCCAUUCCGUAGAUAUCCAUAUUGUAGGGUUUUCGAGACAUUUUCGCUAACCAGAAGUCGCCAUCUUGGAUUCAGGUUCGCCAUAUUGGAUACCAAAAGUGAACCGGAUGUAGAUUUUUGGCUUCUACUCGUCGAGCCUAUUUCGUAGAUAUCCAUAUUGUAGGGUUUUCGAGACAUUUUCGCUAACCAGAAGUCGCCAUCUUGGAUUCAGGUUCGCCAUAUUGGAUACCAAAAGUGAACCGGAUGUAGAUUUUAGGCUUCUACUCGUCGAGCCCAUUCCGUAGAUAUCCAUAUUGUAGGGUUUUCGAGACAUUUUCGCUAACUAGAAGUCGCCAUCUUGGAUUCAGGUUCGCCAUAUUGGAUACCAAAAGUGAACCGGAUGUAGAUUUUAGGCUUCUACUCGUCGAGCCCAUUCCGUAGAUAUCCAUAUUGUAGGGUUUUCGAGGCAUUUUCGCUAACAGGAAGUCGCCAUCUUGGAUUCAGGUUCGCCAUAUUGGAUACCAAAAGUGAACUGGAUAUAGAUUUUUGGGUUCUACUCGUCGAGUCCAUUUCGUAGAUAUCCAUAUUGUAGGGUUUCCGAGACAUUUUCGUUAACCAGAAGUCGCCAUCUUGGAUUCAGGUUCGCCAUAUUGGAUACCAAAAGUGAACUGGAUAUAGAUUUUUGGGUUCUACUCGUCGAGUCCAUUUCGUAGAUAUCCAUAUUGUAGGGUUUCCGAGACAUUUUCGUUAACCAGAAGUCGCCAUCUUGGAUUCAGGUUCGCCAUAUUGGAUGCCAAAAGUGAAUCGGAUGUAUAUUUUUGGCUUCUACUCGUCGAGCCCAUUCCGUAGAUAUCCAUAUUGUAGGGUUUUCGAGACAUUUUCGCUAACCAGAAGUCGCCAUCUUUGAUUCAUGUUCGCCAUAUUGGAUAUCAAAAGUGAACUGGAUGUAGAUUUUUUGUCUGCUACUCGUCAGACCCGUUCGUUAUGUUGUAUGAUUUCUUGGGUAUUUCGACACACCGUAAGUCAUAGUAAAUUUCACCGGACAUCAUGUUUUACUCGUCGAUCCCGUUCCUCGGAUACCCAUUUGUAGGAUUUCCGAAGCAUUUCUGUGCAAUGGAAUGCGCCAUCUUGGAUUCCGAUCUGUCGGUUUUUGAUACCAAAAUAUGAUAAAUUUCGUGAAUAUUUCGGAGUGUUCUGUAGAGAAUUUCUGGACCGUUCAAGGGACCAAAGAGAUUCUCAAAUUUGAGAGGAAUUCUGAAACGAACUCUACGAAGGGAUUAUUCUAAAGGAAAUAGUUGAGACCAUUUUAAAGAAAUCCUGUAUAGAGUUCUGAGCAAAUACAGACACAUUUUGAAGACUUCGAUCGCAGAAACAAAUUCAAGAUCCUGGAAAAAUUCUACUGUCUUAGUAAUUAACCAUUUAACACAGUGCUUUAAUUCGACUCAAUCGCAUUCGGUUUAAUGCUUGAUAUAAAUGUAUAUCGCAUAUCCAGGAAAAUAACCAAAAUUCCGGGAAAAACCGGGAAAUUGAUGGUGCUCUUCAAAACUCGAAUAAGGACAUCCCGGUCUUGGUACGUAAGCUAAGCAAAAAUUGAUGAAAUAUUUUUAAGCAUUCUGUCACUCUCCACCAGGCUUAAGCUUUAUUCACACUAAAAAAAUAAAAAUAAAUAGAAGAAUAUGUUCAUCAACCAAAUCGAAUUUUUAUUUAUUUUUUUAACAUGAAUUUGUAGUGACUUUUUAUCUCAGUGUAUUUUGUCUUAAAGUUCGUUUAAGCCCCUACAACUUCUUAGACGUCGUUUUCGUCGAAUUAGUCGUUUUCAGGCUAUGAUUUUUUUUUAGAAAAAAAAAAUCAGGAUGCUUAAUACGCCCUUUUAAAAGCUUAGUGCUGAAAAGUGGUCAUAUUUUAAUGCAAAAUGUGAUCUUGAGUAGCAACCAACACAUAUGCAAUGUUUCAUUCAAAUCGGGAAGUGUCGCUCAAGGACAUCAUUUACCCCCUAACGAUAAUAGGUAAAGAGGUGGCGUAAUUUUCCCUAACUGACUUAUUCAGUUUGUAAAUAACGUACAAAAUUACGAUAUUCAUAGAAUACCUAGUGCCUAGGUUACACACUUUUCCACACUCGACUUGUUUAGCGUUUUUCCUUGUAUUUGUUUUUGAUUUCUUCCGAUAUCAAUACACUGAAAACGAAUCUUACUCAGAGAGUGAGUCACCUUUACUUAUUCGUAUGGAGAAAUUUUUUAAAAGCGUAGGUCACUCAUGCGCUGAAUGACCUACGCUUUUAGAAAUUUCUCCAUACGAAUGGGUAAAAGUGACUCACUCUCUGAGUCAGUUUCGUUUUCAGUGUAUCUAAUUGAGCAUUUAAACGAUUAAUUUCCCCGUUCGAUCUGUCUUCGCCGCCUGUCCACACUGUAGAAAAUAGCAACGUUAAUUAUGAUUAACCGACUCGACGGUUUUCAGCGAAGUGCGUGUAGUGACCGCAAACAGAAACGAGAAACUCAAACGAUUACUGGUUUCAACUAUUGAAAACAAAUCUACUGAAGUAGUGUUUACCCUUCACUAUACUUUUUAUCCCAGUGUACUAGCAGAACGGAUAUUGUUCGAUAUGAUACGCUUCCGCAGCGCUAGGGUUAUUUCCCCGUAAUCGGCUUUCUUUUCCAAAUUACUAAUUAUCGAGAGGAAAGAGAGAACGAGAAAGAAAGUGAGAUGUACACAUAUCGUGAGCAGAAUACAAAACAAAACAUAACGAAAACGCUUCAACGCUUGAUAUAAACCGAGGAUCGAAUAAAACUAAUAAAGCGGAAUCAGUAUACCAAAAAGAAACUAAAGUUAAAGAUUAAAAACAAAA